AUGUAUUUAACAACAGCUGCUAUGCCUCCACAUUUACAAGUUUCCAUUAAGCGAAAAAUAUUUGAUACUGUUACUGAGGCGGAACUGAGAAAUGUGCCCCAAGGCUUAACGCCCCAGCAGCAAGUGCAAUGGCUGCAACAGCAGGCCAAACAGCAGGGAAUAGUGCUGCCCCCCAACAUUCAACAGAGUAUCACCCAGGGUAGUGUGACUCCUCAGCAAGCUCCUGCUGCGGCAGCUGUACCCCCGCAACAUGCCCCAGGUUUGAGCCCGAUUAACCAGCCGAAUCCUGCUGCAACUCCUCAACCCCAGCAGCAACAGCAGCAGUUCGCCCCCGCUGGGGAACAAACGACUGCUCAGCAGUUACAACUGAGACAAUACAGGUUGCAACAGUUGCAGUUGCAACGCGAACAGGCUCAGAAGAACGCGUUGGCUCAACAGGGUGCAGUAACUCAGCAAGCGGUGAUUAGGCCUCCGUUGGCAGGACAACCGGCCGCCGCAGAUUCGACCACUAACCCUCAAGUUCAGGUUAAUCCGAAGACCAAGACCGCUCUAGCAAACAUGCUGAGCAUUAAGUUGCAAAGCGGUGGUACCAUUGGGGCCCCAGUUAGGCCGGAGGGAAUUCCGGAACCAUCGGCGGCGGGAACUUUAAGGAUGAUGACCGCUCAACACAACGCGGCAAUCAACUCAAAACCCCAAGAGAUAAUCGCGUUGCAACAACAGCAGCAGCAGCAACAACAACAGCAACAACGCAGAGUGAUCACCGGACCCAACGGGGAAAUCCUGAAACCCGCGGGGGCGGCAACGAUGCCGCUCAUUCCGCAAGCUGAGCCGCCCAAAUUGCAAUUUAACACGAAGGCGACGGUGCCGGUGCAACACAGAGUCGGGCCGUUUUACGGUCACAAUCCCAACUUAAAACUACCUCCGGAUCUAUUUUUGCUCGGGUGCAUUUUUGUCGUGGUCGAGGUCGAGGAGUUCCUAGACGAAAAAAUACCGGGGUGGAAGCAGAAAAUCGAAAAAUAUGGCGGUGAGGUAGAGAAGCAGUAUUGCAACAAAGUCACGCAUGUGUUAUGCGAAACCCAAAGGCACGGGGUCGUGAUGCAGGCCCUUAGGGAUAUUAAGAGGUGUGUCACUAUACGGUGGCUCAGUGACGUCAUGAAAAGGAAACAAGUAAGGAUUUUUCAUAUUUUUACCGGAGUAAGUAAAAAAAAAUUGAGGGAUUAUCUGGCAUGUUUGGUUCAAACGGUUUUCGAAAAUUAAUUUUUGAUGUAUAAA